CCGGGGCCCGUGUGUCCGUAGUGACGAUACGAUACGUUUUUUAUUUUAAAAGAAAACAUAACGCGCGCCCCCAAGUUCUGGGCCCCUCAGUUCCAGAGGGACAGGGAACUGCUGGAGAGAGUCCAACGCAGGGCAGCGAAGAUGAUGGAGGGAGUGGAGCAUCUCCCGUGUGACGAAAGGCUGAGGGAGCUGGGUCUCUUUAGCUUGGAGAAGAGGAGACUGAGGGGUGACCUCAUUAAUGUUUAUAAAUAUGUAAAGGGUGCUGCUUUGUGGCGUAAUUGCUAUGCGUCCAGAAGAUCCACUUACAUUUUUAGAAGAAAUAAUGGAAAUAAUGGAAAAGGGAUUAGAUGCUGUCUUAUGGUGACUGAAGAAUUGUGUGCCAAAGCACGGGGCUUUUACAGCAGAAACUUAAUGAAGCUGUAUUUUGGAGGAUGGAUGAGAUAUCAUCUACAGAAAAAGAACAAAAGGAAAAAGGCAAAGCAGAAGAUGGCUCUAGCAGUAGUCCAUUAUAAUGUCCACAUAUUAAGAGUUAUUAUACAGAAGUGGAACAUGUGGGUGCAAAUUGACAAGGAAAAAAUGGCAUUGGCAACGAAGAGAUUGCAACAGAUCUUGAACAAAAUAUAUUUAAAUGCAGUUGUGAAAGCUUGGCAUGCAGAGGCCCACAGUUCUUUGAAAACAAAAGCAUAUUUUGAGGGUUUGGCAAAGGAGGGUCAGGAAGGCUGUUUGGAAUCAAGUGAUCUUACUGUUGGACAUAAAACAUCCCAUUUACCAGAAAAAGCCUUAUUACAGGUUUUCCAUUAUGUAAAUUUAGUUGAUCUGGCAAGAUGUGCUCAAGUUAGCCAAACAUGGAUGCUGCUAACACAGAGCAGUUCAUUAUGGAGUCAUAUCAAUUUUUCAUCAGUGAAGCAUAAAGUUCAGGACCAAGUAGUGGUAAAUAUAUUGCAGAAGUGGCGUCUAUAUGUAUUACAUUUGAAUCUUCGAGGUUGCUAUUCUCUUCGCUGGCCUAGUUUUAAAAGUAUCGGUGAAUGUAGGAAUUUGCAAGAGUUAAAUCUCUCUGAAUGCCAGGGAUUAAAUGAUGAAUCAAUGAGAGUCAUAUCAGAAGGCUGCAGAGCUCUUCUCUAUUUAAAUCUGUCAUAUACAGAUAUUACUAAUGGAACACUACGACUAUUGUCAAGCAGCUUCCACAAUUUACAGUAUCUGAGUUUAGCUCACUGCAGAAAAUUCACAGACAAAGGUUUACUGUACCUGGGCUCUGGAAAAGGCUGUCACAAGCUCAUCUACUUGGACCUUUCAGGUUGCAUUCAGAUUUCAGUUGAUGGCUUCAGAAAUAUUGCCAAUGGCUGCAGUAGGAUUCAAGAUUUGCUGAUCAACAAAAUGCCAGCUCUUACGGAUGGAUGUAUUCAAGCUCUGGUUGAAAAAUGCCGACAGAUAACGUCUGUUGUCUUUCUUGACUCUCCACAUCUUUCUGAUACAACCUUUAAAGCACUUGCUAAAUGUAAACUUGUCAAGGUCGGCAUUGAAGGGAAUAAUCAAAUUACUGAUUUAAGUUUCAAGUUGAUGAGUAAAUGCUGCCCGUACAUCAGGCACAUUCACGUGGCUGAUUGCCACCAGAUUACAGACGCCGGUCUCUCGAUGAUUUCACCAUUGAAGCACAUUCUUGUACUGAACGUCGCAGACUGUAUAAGAAUCAGUGAUGGAGGUGUAAGGCCAUUUGUACAAGGGUCUUCAGGAACUAAGCUAAGAGAGCUGAAUUUGACUAAUUGCAUUCGUGUCACUGAUGCUUCUGUCACAGAAAUAGCACAAAGAUGUCACGAAUUGACCUACCUAAAUCUGCGUUACUGUGAAAAUGUCACUGAUGCUGGAAUUGAAGCCUUGGGAAAUAUAUCGUCGUUGAUAUCCCUUGAUGUCUCUGGAACCAGCAUCUCAGAUAUGGGCUUGAGGGCCCUUGGACGCCAAGGAAAAAUAAAGGAACUUUCUCUAUCAGAAUGCAAAAACAUCAGUGAUACUGGGAUUCAGGAGUUCUGCAAGGGCACAAAACACCUGGAAGGCUGCCGAGUCUCUUCCUGCCCUCAGCUGACGGACGAAGCCGUGCGAGCGAUGGCGUUUCACUGCCGCAGACUCACAGCCGUCAGCAUCGCGGGGUGCCCAAAGAUGACUGAUAGCUGUAUCCAAUACUUGGCUGCCGCCUGCCAUUACCUCCACUUCUUGGAUGUCUCGGGUUGCAUUCAUCUCACUGACAAGGCACUGAAAUGUCUUUGGAAAGGCUGUAAGCAACUCCAGAUUCUCAAGAUGCUGUACUGUAGAAACAUUACCAAACAAGCUGUCUUGAAAUACACAGCCAAACUGGAGAAACAAGAACAUAACGAUGCUGACCCUCCCUCCUGGCUUGGAUAUGACCGGGAUGGUAACAUACUCACCUUCACCAUGGAACACACAUCAGAGCCUGAACAAACAAAUUCUUCAAAAUGAAAAAUGAAAUUGCACAACAUCAUCUACAAUUCAAAGGCUUUCCACUAGACCAUGGAAAGAACACUAUUUUUUCUUAAAACUAAUCAUACUUUAAUAAAAGGCCUUUUGUUGAGUUAGCAAGGAAGCAAUGCGAAUCGCUCUUGCAGGACUGUGUAUGCCUUCAAACAAGACAGCCGCGCUGACACAACAUUGCCAACUUUCUGAUGUUGGUUCAAGCUGUCUUCAUCUUUCAAUAAUGAGAAGUUUUUGUAGUCCCAUGCAGAGUAAGCGAUAAAUAAAUCUCUGUGUGUUUGGGGUUCUUGUUUGUCAUUAAGGUUCUCUCCAGGACAUUAACACUCUGACUUCCCACAGAACUUUGCACUUGACUCUGCUGGUACUCAUCAAAUGCAGCAAUAAAGAACAGUGAGUAGGUAGUGAGAACUAAGUCCUUAUACACAACUAUACGAUACACAUUUAAGCCCAGUUCUCUACUUAUUAACAGUCACUCCUGCACCCGGAGCCCUAAUUCUCACAAAAGCCUCCCAGGCUGAGUUCAACUCUAAGCCAGCUGAUGUUUCCAUUUGCAGAUCUGAAGCACGGGCUGGCUGGCAGCUGCCACAGCCAGCAGAACAAAAUAGAAAGGGGCACAGAUGAGGAAAGUGUUACAGGAUACAUUUUCUCCAGUUAAGGAAAACAUCUUCUCAUCAAAUGGACAAAAAAAAAAAAAAAGAGUACAUGGAUUUACCCCUCACUUCUAUUUUUCUCUAGAUGAGGAAAGAUUUAAGUUUCACCUUGUUAUAGCAGAAUAAGACAUUACUCAAAUGCCUUUGGGGAAACUCCCAAAGAUUUGUCUCUCUUCAGCUCAUUCUUAACCUUUAUGUCUAAAUUUUGUUUAGCUGGUCUCGACAUCUAUUAAAGUGGAAAGAAUAUAAACAGAGUAGGUUUAGUGCUAGCACCAUUUUUCUGAUGGCUUAUUUAACUUCUUUAAGCAAAUAACUACCAAUCCUAAUGUUUAAUUCCAGCUAAGUUUAGAAUAUGAGGUGCUUCUUUCACUUCACUUGCAGCAGUGCAAAGGAAUCAUUAGUUUCAAAAA